AUGUCUCAGCGCGAAACAAGGUCCACGAAGAAGCCCGCUGUGUCCGUCCCGACCAAGGCGACCUCGAGCAAAAAACCGGCAGCCAGACGAGGUUCACCAACGCAGGCUUCCUCGAGCAAGCAUGACGCCUCGGAACCAAAGCCCCUGCCCAGCAAGAAUGCGGCCUCGAGCGCAAAGCCCCCGUCUGGCAAAGGCGGGUCGACCGGAGCAACCCCACUAACCUAUCAGCAAAGCCUCAAAUUGAUGAAGGACGUGCUCAAGGUGCAGCGCCCUGAUCUGGCUCCCAAGGAGCUGGAUGUAAUGGCUAGGUCGAUGGUUGCGGCUGCGAACAAGAAGGGCAAAGCUGAGAAGGAUCGUUGGGACACUAUACAGGCCAACAGUGCCGCCAUGAUAGAUGAAGAACACGAAGGCAAUAUCGACAUGUUGGGGGAGAGUGGGCAGGAUGGCGGAGAGUCCACCGGGGAGGGCAGCGAAGUUGCAGUCAGGCGCAAGACCAAAGGAAAGGCGAAGGAAGGAGCCUCCUCUUCGAAGUCAAGACCGACGGCCAAGCCGCGCAAGAGGAAGGCCAUCGAUUCUGAAAAGGAGAGCAGUGAUGACGAGUCGGCUGCGGAGCCUGCCAACAAGAAGAAACCAAAGACCAACACGGUAGAGAUUGACUCACCAGAAGCUGCUGAGCCGGAGGAGGGUGACACAAUUGUGCUGAGGCAACCGGCUGCAGAGAAAGAUGAGAUUGAGGAACCCCGUGGUGCGAGGGCUCGCAAGCAAGGACAAAGUAUCUCCAAUGAGGAGAAAGCGCUUACCGAUCGACUUGGUGCAACGACUAGGAGAGCCAAGCCCGUGGGUCCUGUCCGGAGUGUCCUGCAGGGUGGAAGCAGGGAAGGGGUUCUCAAGAGGAAGGGUGGCCGAUUCAACGUGCCGUUGUCGGAUGCUGAAGAUCCGGUCGGUAGCCCUCAGCCCUCUGGAGAGAUUGACAGCGCGUCUGCCGGCGAACCGCCGGCGACGGUGAGUAAGGUCAAAGACGGGGCAUCUGGCAGCUUGGACGAUGGCUCCGGCGAUGAUAGCUCCUCUUACCAGCCCGAAGUUGAAGAGCACGAGGACGCCAGUGACGAGGAUCAGUUGGAUGAACUUGACGGAGCUGACGAUCUCAUCAUACAGACGAUCGACAAUGCGGACUCGAAGAACAAAGGCAAGGCCAAGGUGCAGAAAACCAGUACCAGGACCAAGGACGUCACAUCGACGCAGCUGCAGGACGUCAAGGACGUCAAGGACGUCAAGGAGCUGUUCGUGAAAGAGCCUGUCAAGAGCUUCCUGCACAAAGCAAUGCAAGAGCUGCGGGUCUACAUCGCCCUCGAGAAUGCGUGGCCGCGCUUGAAAGGCACCAGCAUGGAGAAGCUCACCAUCCCGAUCAACAUCAUGAACGACCUUCAAAUCCUGCAGAAGUACCAGACGGAUGAGUUCCAAAAGGACUUCGCCCCGCUGUGGUCGGAUGAGAAGAUCCAAGCGAAGAUGGGCAGAUAUGUCUACAGGGCGGCGGCGCAAAUCCGACAAGAACUGAAGCAGAAAGCAAAGCGUGUCGUGGAGAAGGAGUUGUUGUCCAUCAAGAUCUCGGACACCGGGUUGGAUGUGGUGAGUCGUACGGCGAAGCUGCAGAAGGCGAAGGAGGCACGCAUCAGGUUCCUGAAGCAAAACAAUACCUUCCACUACGGGAACGUGGAGCUGCCGGAUCCCGGCGUGGACCCUUCGCUAGCUAACUUGCAACAGCUAUGGGAAACCCCCGACCUCGACACACCAUUCCACAGCAUCGUCAUUGCUGAGGUGAUGGCCCGUCAGUGGUGGGUUGGGCAGCAUCCAGAGGCUCUCCGCAGUGAGAACCGAGAGCGGUUCGACCUUGAUGUCAUGCCGCCGUCGAGCAACAUGAUUGCCUUGACGUGCAGUGCAAUCUUGGUAGCCCUGGAUGAAUCUCUGAAGGGCAACUCAACCGUCGCCUUCGAGGAGAAGACUUAUGCGGCCGAGUUCGAUCGCUUGUUUGCAGGCAUCGAGAAGCUCCGUCGACAUGCAGACCCCAAUAGCCGUGCCUAUAAUGAGGGUGUCGCCGCACUCGUUGAGUCCUUGAAUGACACCCUGGUCACUAACAUCAGGGCCUUCGCGGGGAUUGCUCAAAGCUCGGCCCCGAAGCAAACCGGCAAGAGUGUCGAUGUGGACGAUGGCAUUGACUUGGGGCUGGUGAUCGGCCGAUGGAGCAAGGGCAAGGCUGCCGCUGCGACACCGACCACGGCAUCCACCGCAGCUGCCGACCAGGAAGCGGGUCCUUCGACCCAGCGUAAUCCUCCCACCGCGACCAAGGGCAAGAAAGCCUGA